AUGAUCGAUGUCACUACCCUCAUGCCUAGUUUGCCGGGCACGCUUCCCACACUUCCCCCGGUUGUACUGCCUACGCUGCCUGGCCUGGACACUACAACUACCGUUGAGCCUAACACUACGGCCAAUGAGAAGAUCUCAGUGGUGACCUGCUCCGAUCUUACCAUCAAUUCUGCCAGCGUGAAGUCCAACGAGGUGGGAGGUCUCGCGGUGGCAAUGGCGAUCAAUUUCUGUGCCCUUGUUGGGGCGGUCUUGGCCAUGUGGCUGAUCUCCCGCAGUGAGCGGGGCCGCCGCGUCCUUGUGCCAAAGAAGCACGGUGCGGGUGGAAUAGGAAUGCCACAUGAGUGGUUUCGUGAUGUGUGCAGGAUACAGUAUGAUGAUAUGGAUGAGAUAAGCAUUGAUGGACAAGUCGUAAUUCGGCUUUGUCUAUUGGGGCUGAAAUUCUCUGCCUUUGGCACUCUGAUUGCUUGUGUGCUGUGUCCCAUCUAUGCCAGCACUCACGGACCGGAGAAAGGCGUGCUUGCCUGGACAAUGACGAAUCUGAGCCCAGAUGAUGAUGAGUACGUCUUUUGGUUUGUGGUGGUAGCUGCCUACCUUCUCGUCUUCAAUUUCUUCUGGCUCAUUCGUGCGGAGUGGAGACACUUUGUAAGUCUUCGCCAAAGCCACUUCCUCCGACGUGCUGUGGGGAAGAAUGGCACUUCCUCCGCACAGGCACAAUUUUCCUUGCUAGUGGAGAGAUUGCCCGACAAAUACCAGGACAACAAGAAUCUCCUGGCUUUGUUCUCGGAGAUUUUCCCUCGUCAGGUUCAUUCAGUUGCGGCUCAGCGUGACACGCUGCUCUUCUAUCAUUUGCGAGCGUUGAAAAAGACCAGUGAAGCCAUCGUUGUGUGCAAGUGCUGCCAGGGAUGUAUCCACCGGUAUUUGGAGAAGACGGUGCAAUUUGAGCGAAAGGUUGCGCAGAAGUACAGGCAAGCUGGGAAGUAUGUGCAGGAUUUUGCCAUGGAUGGGCAGGUGCUUGAGCUGCGGGAUGACCUCGUCACGCAGCUGGGAGUCAAGGAGCUCUUAGGGAAGCAUUCCAAUGCGACUGACGGCGGCAGUGCGUCUUCUGCUUGGACGAGACCGGAAUUGAGACGGUCGCACCGUCUUGAUGCGGAAUCGGAAUGCGCACCUACCUCAACUGCAUUUGUCACUUUGCGGAAGCUUUCAGACCGUGUCAUUGCAGAGCAAAUUCCACUCUUUGACGCUGGAAGAGAUCUUGGUGCUGAUGGCGUGGAGAAGAUAGUUGUCAAGCCUGCCCCAGAGGCUGAUGAUGUGAUUUGGGAAAACGUCCAACUUCCAUUUGAUCAGAUGCAGCAAAGACGCUUUGUCGGCAGAGCGGUCUGCGUGAUGGGCAUUAUUUUUUGGUCAUUCCCGAUCACUGCCAUCCAGGCCCUGUCGCAGAAAAAUGUGCUGGACCAAAUGCUGCCGCAUGGUUGGGUCGCAUGGCUUAGUGAAAACUAUCCUACGGUGUUCUCAUUUAUUACAAUCUAUUUGCCUGUGGUUGCACUGCUAUCGCUCCUCGUGCUGUUGCCAUGGGCUCUGCACCAGAUUGCAGUCUUCGUGGAGGCUCGCAAGUCCUAUGCAGAGGUCACUAUCUCCGUAAUGCACAGGAACUUUUGGUUCCAGUUCUUCUCUCUCUGGCUCUCGGUUUUUACAAGCUCAUUGGCGCGAUCGAUCGGGCAAAUUCUGGAGCACCCGAGAUGCAUGGCAACUAUCCUUGGCUCCGCUAUUCCACCAGUUUGUGCUUCCUGGGCUUAUGUUUUAUCACUGCAAUGGUGA